AUGUCAAAAUUAGAUGAUUUCUGGUUGAGAGAUAGAAUGUAUGAUUUGUUGGGUGUUUAUGAUAAUAUCACACAUGAUUUUAUUAAAGAAUGUGCAAAAAGCUCAACAAGUGCAGAGGAAUUGAAAAAGAAAUUGAUUGAAUCUAGUUUUCCUGCUGAUGAUUAAUUUUGCAUAGAAUUACUAGCUAGAUUUGCAGGAAUUAAACCUCCAAAGCUUUCAGAAUAUGAAUUAUGGGAAAAGGAAUAACAAGAGAAAAAGUAGAAAGAGUAUGAAUUAGUAGAAGCAAAUAAUGCUUAAUAAAAAUAAGUUCAUAAUCCUAAUGAGAAUAAGGAAGAGGAUAGAAAAGCAAAGGAGGAAUUACAUUAAAAAUUAUUAAAAAAGAAGCCAUUGGAUAAAUAAUAAGAAGAAUUAUUAAAGAAGAUUGAAUUAGAGAAAGUUAAAGAAGAGUCUAGGAUGAAGUAUUUAAAAGAAAGAGAAAUGAAAUAAUUGAAAUUGAAAUAAAUGAUUUAGAAAGAUGAAGAAUAAAUCUUUGAUGAAGCAGAAUUGACCAAGAAAGAAAGAGAAGAGAGAGAGUUAAAUAAAACAAUAUUAAAAGCAGCAGAAUCUUAAAAAGAUAAUGAUAUAGUAGUUGAAUAUUAUAAAUAACCAGAUUUAUAUGAAGAAGAUGGUAAAAUAUUGAAAGAUAAAACUGAUGUAUUAAAGAAGAAAGCUACAGACAUAAAACCUGAAAUGCCUGAAGAAGAAUAGUGGUAAUAACACAUAUCUACACGAGCUAAUUAACAUGUAAGAACAUGGGAUGAAAUUGAAUAAAAGAGAAUUAAAAAAUAUGAACUAUUAUAUGAAAAUGCAAUAGACUUUGUUUAAUUAGAGGUAAUCAAAGAAUUAGGGAAAGUCUAAAUGAAAAAAUAAAAAAGAUUGAAAGAAAAAAAAAAAGAAAAAAAAAAGAAGAAGAAAUAAGAUAAGAAAAAGAAGAAACAUCGAAGUUCUAGUAGCAGCAGUAGUUCAAGUAGUAGUAGUAGUAGUUCAAGUGAAGAUGAAUAACCUAAGCCUUCAUAUCCUAUGGAACCUUAGAAACCUUAAAAAAGUGCUAUGUAGAUUGUCAAAGAAGGUUUACCAAUUUUUAAAUUUAGAACUCAAUUAUUAUCAUUAAUAAGAGAUAAUAAAGUUAUUGUUAUGGUAGGAGAAACAGGUUCUGGUAAGACUACAUAAUUGGCAUAAUAUUUACAUGAAGUUGGUUAUACUAAAACAGGUAAGAUUGGAUGUACUUAGCCAAGGAGAGUGGCUGCUAUGUCAGUGGCAUCUAGAGUAGCAUUAGAAAUGGGUGUUAAAUUAGGACAUGAAGUUGGAUAUUCAAUAAGAUUUGAAGAUUGUAGUAAUGAUUCUACUAUUAUCAAAUACAUGACAGAUGGUAUGUUAUUGAGGGAAUUUAUGAUUGAUCCAUUAUUAUAGAAUUAUAGUGUUAUAAUAAUAGAUGAAGCACAUGAAAGAACGUUACAUACUGAUAUAUUAUUAAGUUUAAUUAAAGAUAUUAGUAGAGCUAGAGAUAAUUUAAAAGUUAUUAUUUCUUCAGCUACACUUGAUGCAUAGAAAUUUAGUCAAUAUUUUGAUGAUGCUCCAAUUAUUCAAAUACCAGGAAGAAGAUAUUAAGUAGAUAUCUACUAUACACAAUAACCAGAAGGUAAUUAUGUAGAGGCAGCUAUUGUUACUGUUCUACAAAUUCAUGUAACAUAAGGUGUUGGGGAUAUAUUGGUUUUCUUAACUGGACAAGAUGAAAUUGAAGAUGCUGAAGAAAUGCUUAAAACAAGAACUAAAGGAUUUUCUAAAAAAAUACCAGAAUUGAUUAUUUGUCCUGUUUAUGCUGCUUUACCCAGUGAAUAAUAAAUCAAAAUAUUUGAACCUACUCCAAAAGGUUGUAGAAAAGUAGUCUUGGCUACUAAUAUAGCAGAAACUAGUAUUACUAUUGACAAUAUUAUUUAUGUUGUUGAUUGUGGAUUUGUUAAGUAAACCUCUUUUAGUCCUUCCACAGGUAUUGAAUCAUUAUAGGUUGUACCUUGUUCUAAAGCUAAUGCUAAUUAAAGAGCAGGAAGAGCAGGUCGUAUUGCACCAGGAAAGUGUUUUAGACUGUAUACAGCAUGGUCAUAUAAUAAUGAAUUAGAGGAUUCACCUAUUCCUGAAAUCUAAAGAACAAAUCUUGGUAAUGUUGUUUUAUUGCUCAAAACAAUGGGUAUUAAUAAUUUGGUUAAUUUUGAUUAUAUGGAUGCUCCUCCUCAUGAAAUGUUAUUAAGAGCAUUGGAAUAAUUAUAUUCAUUGGGAGCAUUGAAUAAUGAUGGAGAAUUAACUAAAUUAGGAAGAAGAAUGGCUGAAUUUCCAUUAGAUCCUAUGCUUUCAAAAAUGGUUGUUACAUCUGAACAUUUUAAAUGUGUAGAUUAAAUUAUCACUAUUUCUGCCAUGUUAUCUGUUGGAAAUACAAUCUUUUAUCGUCCUAAAGAAAAAUAAGUACAUGCUGAUACAGCAAAAAAGAAUUUUUAUAGACCAGGAGGAGAUCAUAUGACUUUAUUGAAUAUAUACAAUUAAUGGAAGGAUUGUAAUUAUACUAAAGAAUUCUGUUAUGAAAGCUUUAUUCAAUAUAAAGCAAUGAAAAGGGCAUAAGAUAUUAAAGAGUAAUUGACUUCAUUAUGUGAGAGAGUAGAGAUUGAUGUUAAGGAUGAAUCUCUGUCUAUUUAUGAAGAUAGUAGUUUCAAUAUCAGAAAAUGUAUUACAUCUGGGUUUUUUUAUAAUUCAGCAAAAAAAUAAAAGAGUGGUACUUAUAGAACACUUAAGAAUAGUCAUGAAAUAUAAAUUCAUCCUUCAUCUCUUUUAUUUUAAGAAAAACCAGAAUGGGUUAUAUAUCAUGAAUUAGUGUUAACUACAAAAGAAUAUAUGAGAAAUGUAUGUGAAAUAAAACCAGAAUGGCUGUAUGAAAUAGCACCUCAUUAUUUUACAGAAGAUUUUAUUAAAUCAAAUUAAAAAACAUUACCUAAAGCAAAAAUUGAUUAUAAUAAAUUUUGA